AGACCAAAGGUCCAUCUAGCUCAGUAUCACGUCUUCUGACAUUGGCCGGUGGAUGUUGACAGACAGACACCCGGUCUGGGGACCAGUCCCAUCCAGAGCCUCACAGCGCCUGCCUGAUUCACUGUGGUGUUACUCCAAUUUAAUGCCAUUCUCCAAGGGGUUAUGCUGGUGAAUGCCAUUCCAGAAGGAUACAGUCUCUAAGGCUCUUCUGGUCAGCAGGCUCCGGUGGAGGGGGACGGAGGACGAAGGAGAAGGUGCAAAGAAGCAGCGGGUGAAACAGCCGCGUGACCGGCUGUGCCGGGACCCCCCACGCCGCGCUCGCCGAGCUGCCAGGCGCCGCUCCAUCCGCCAGCUGCUGUGUGACAACUCAGACUGUGCCCUGUGCAACGAGGCGGCCCGGCAAGCCGAGCGGCUGGUGUAUGCCGACAGGGCCAGCACAUGGGUCCCUGUCGGGCCAGGGUCACCUCCUGCUCCCGCCUUCCGCUCCAAAGGGAGAAACCUGCUGGGUAGAUCCAUGUGGCGAGGCCUGGAUGUGCUGCAGUGGUGCCACUCUAGGACAUGUAUAGGCAACCAGGUCCACCCACCCGCGCAGGGCCCCUUCCCACCCAGCAAGUCCCGCUCCCCUCCUGAGCACCAGGCAGGCAGCCGGAAAACGGAGCGCCGCCCGCCGAGGGAGGAUGAGGAGGGGCUGCCCCACCCACAGCAAGUCAAAGGCUCCUCCACGGAGCAGGACGAAUGUCUCUUCUGCUCCUCUCUCUGGGAUGAGACUCUCCUUCGCGGGCAAGAGCAGGCCCAGAGCUCCUCUUCUCUACAGCAUGAGCCGCUCCUACUCGCUUGGGAGCUGAGAACUGGAUCGAGCCAGCACGAGCCAUUUCUUCCCAGGCAUGAGGAGUACCCCAGCCCCGCUCCUGCCCAGCACGAGCCCUUCCCUCCAAGCCAAGUGGAACGUGGCUGGGUCGGGAGUUUCCUGCGCAGAGGCAGAGCAAGGAGCCCCCAGGCCGCUCCCCAGAGGCAGGCGCAUCGCCCCGAUUGGGUGCCGUUUCUGGCCAAGUCCCCAGGCGGGACCAGGAUGUCAGGGCGGGAGGCCAAACGGCAGCGAGACCGAGAAAGCACAGCACCCAGGGCCACGGGGGAAGCUCCGAUGUCUCUGCCUGGGAGACCCCUGGUGCAGGUCAGCCCUGGAGCCCUGCGUGUGGCCGGCAGGCUUGAAUUGGCCGAAGCGGAGACCCCCUUCCUCCAAUGCGACGUCAGGGCGAGUCUUGAGCGGCACAUCCAGGUGAAGAGGCUGCAGCACACCCUGGGGCUGUCCUGCACCCUGCAGAGCGCUUUGAAGAUCUUCAUGCCCCCAGCACCGAAACCCAUCGCACGCAAACCCUCGGGGGCAGGCAGGGUGGUGACAAUGCCACAGGCCCUGCCCUUCCUGAGCGUCGGCUCCAGGACAGAGCUGGAGCGGCAUCUGCAAAGGAUGGUGCAUCUGAAGAGAUGGGGGCUGCCCAGGAGGAUCCAGGAGUCCUUGAGGCUGCUGAUGCCAGCCACACCUCCACACCCCCGGCUCGGCCCUCUGCCAUCUGGGAAAUGAGCUCCAAGGGGGCCAGGCCCAGUGACAAGGGCAGCCCAGACGCCCGGCCUCAGAGCUAGAGCCCCAGCCCAGGCCUUUCCAGGGCCCCGCCAGAGCGUCCAAAUCCACGCCCGGCUCGCACUGCUGCAGAGACACUCGGGAGCUGCAAGGGCACAUUGCCAGGAAGGGCUUGGAAAUCAGACUAGGUGCGCUGCCUGCUGUGCUGAGGAGCUCUCAGAAAAUGGCUGCCCUGGGGCACAGAGACCUGCUCCUGCCUAAACUGAUCCCCCCAGGCUGCAAGGCCCCCCUGGCCUGCCACCGGCUCUGCCCCCUGCUCAGCUGAAGGCAGGCAGCGUGGAGCUCAACGUGAGGCACAAGCACAUCCAGUACCUCUGGGCUCUCCUCACCCUGUUCGCAGAGU